AUUUUUGUUAUUGGUGUAAUUUUUCCUCAGAAAAUUUUAGAUUAUGAAAAUGAAAGACAUUUCGAACCUGGCGAGGAUCCGUUAAAACGCACCUGGUAUGCGCUUAUCUAUGAUUUUAAGCGAUGGAGGAGGCGAUAUUUUGAAGCGAGAAAAGAUGCUUUUCGGCGAUAUAAUCCGAUAGCCCAUAUGAAGCGUGCUGUUAUCGAUUUGGAACUUUUCCCGUACAGAACGGAGGUUUUGAUAAUUGGCGGUGGUUUAACAGGUUCAGCAACAGCAUAUUGGAUAAAGGAAUUUAUGAGAGAUGAGGAUUUUAAAGUGGUUGUUGUGGAGAACAAUGAUAAGUUCGCACAAAGUUCUACAAUGCUUUCUUGUGGUUGUAUUUCACAACAGUUCUGUGUACCCGAACAUGUUGAAAUGUCAAUGUUUACCACUGAAUUUUUAAGGCAUGCUGGUGAACAUCUUCGAAUAUUAGAUAACGAGCCUCCGGAUAUCAACUUAUUUCCCAUGGGUUUUUUGCGGCUCGCAAGUACAAAUGAAGAAGCAGAUCGUUUGCGAGAGAGUUGGAAUGGAAAAGGCGCAAGAAUUUCAUUAUUAGUACGUGAUGAACUUGAGAGGCAGUUCCCAUUCAUGGAUUUUGAUGAUAUUUUGUUGGGCACAUUCGGUCUUGAGAAUGAAGGAACAGUUGAUUCAUGGCAGUUACUUUCAGCCAUUCGCGAAAAAAAUAUAACGUUAGGCGUUCAAUAUGUAAAAGCAGAAGUUGAAGGAUUUAUGUUCGAAAGGAUGUAUUCAUUCAGGGAAGUACAUGGAUUUGAGGAUGAUGAAAUAGCUGAUGAACGCAAACGUCGGCAGCAAAAAAUUAUUGGAGCUUAUGUUAGGCCGCAAAUGACUGAUGCAUCGGCAAGACCAAUUCGAACAAAUUUCAUUGUAAAUGCAGCUGGUCCUUGGGCUGGCAAUAUUGCUGAAAUGGCAGGAAUAGGUAGUGGGACAGGUUUAUUAAGCGUUAAGCUUCCAGUUGUUCCACGAAAGCGUAUGUAUUUUGUUAUAUAUGUGCCAGACGCUCCACCAGUUGAUAUGCCAGCUUUAAUAGAUCCUAGUGGAGUUUACUGUUUUCAAGAAGAAAUUGGCAACACUUAUAUUUGCGGUAAAAAUCCGACGAAAGAAGAAGAUGAACAAAUCGACCAUAGCAAUUUAGAAGUUGAUUAUGAUUACUUUUACGACAAAAUUUGGCCUGUUUUAGCUAAACGUAUACCAUAUUUUCAAAAUCUUCGGAUAAAAAAUGCGUGGGCUGGUUUCCAUGGCGUGAAUAUAUUUGAUAACUCACCCGUGAUUGGCGAGCAUUUGCUUUAUAAAAAUUUUCAUAUGAUUUGUGGGUUUGGCAAUCGUGGAUUACAACAUUCACUUGCUGCUGGUCGAGGUUUUGCUGAAAAAAUAUUACACGGUGCGUAUCGAACCAUACGUUUGCGUAAAUUUGAUAUGCGAAGGAUAUUGAUGCAUAAAAAAAUUAAUGAAUAUUAUUAG